AUGACACAGCAAUUCAUCCAUGAUGACGCUGCUUCCUCUCAAGGUGAGGCUCGCAGGUCAAAGUCAGGGGUAUUCCGUGUGCUUUCAAGCAAUCUGUUCUUGUUUGGAGUUGUCUUGUUUUCCUCAAUUGGUGGCCUUCUUUUUGGUUAUGACCAGGGCGUCGUGUCUGGAGUACUCACUAUGGAGUCUUUUGGAGCUUCGUUUCCCAGAGUUUAUUCAGAUAGCAGGUUCAAAGGGUGGUUUGUGUCGACGCUGCUAUUGACUGCCUGGCUAGGUUCUCUGGUUAAUGGACCUUUUGCAGACUAUGUUGGCAGAAGGCUGUCCAUUAUCGUGGCAGUCGCCAUUUUCUCGAUCGGCUCUGCUAUCCAAGCGGGAGCGGUUAAUCUGACAAUGCUCUUCAUGGGCCGUGCGAUUGGUGGUUUUGCUGUUGGGCAAUUGACUAUGGUUGUUCCUCUGUACAUUAGUGAGGUUUCGUUGCCGUCAAUCAGGGGCACACUCAUAUUAUUUCACCAACUUUCGAUUACGCUUGGUAUUCUACUGAGCUAUUGGAUUGAAUACGGUUCAAAUUACAUUGGAGGGUCACACUGCACCUCCAACAUGACACACUCAGGAGGAACCUCUCAUUCUCAUACCUUCGACCCAUAUCAUGAUGUCGGCCCGAACGGUUGUGAUGGUCAAUCCGGUUUAGCUUGGCGGAUUCCAUUUGGCAUACAAAUACUCCCUGCCAUUAUUCUGGGGGUGGCGAUGUUUUUCUUCCCUGAUUCACCUAGAUGGUCGCUUAUGAAAGAUAUGGAUGGGGAUGCGCUUAAUACGUUGUGCAGACUUCGACGGAAGUCCACCGACAAUCCAGAUCUAAUGACUGAAUAUUUGGGAAUAAAAGCAUCUGUGAUUCUUGAAAACGCAUUUGCCAGAGAAUACUACGGAGAUUUGAGUGGGGUGAAGUUGCAUGUGGCGCAGUACUUCUCCCUGUUUAGCACCCGGUCAAGAUCUAAACGACUGGCAAUUGGAUGCUGCAUGAUGUAUUUUCAGCAGUUUAUGGGGUGCAAUGCGAUGAUAUACUACGCACCUGUGAUCUUUGGCCAACUAGGCCUUAGUAAAAAUACAAUUUCACUACUGGCUACCGGUGUUUAUGGCAUCGUUAACUGUCUCAGCACGCUUCCUGCCCUCUUCCUUAUAGAUCGAGUUGGCCGCAGGAUCCUGCUCAUGUACGGUGGAGCUGGAACCUGCAUCUCACUUACCAUCGUGGGUGCCAUCAUUGGUCAUUACGGAUCGACCCUCAUUAACCACCAAGCAGCCGCAUGGGCCGGUAUGAUUUUUGUUUACGUCUAUGAUAUAAAUUUUUCGUAUUCGUUCGCGCCAAUUGCGUGGGUUCUUCCCUCUGAAAUCUUCAAUUCUUCCAUUCGUUCAAAGGCUGUUUCGAUAACUAUCUCUGUGACAUGGAUGUGCAAUUUUAUAAUUGGGCUUGUCGCCCCCAAGAUGCUCGAAUGCAUAACCUGGGGAACAUAUAUUUUCUUUGCGGCAAACUGUUUACUCGGCCUUCUCUUUGCCUUCUUCUUCAUUCCUGAAACGAGAGGAAAGACUCUAGAAGAUAUGGACCUCGUUUUUGGUGAUACAGCCGCGCAUGAAGAACAGCGGCGUAUCAUGCAGAUCGAGGCAGAAUUGCGGGGAACGCCACUAAUGGCCAUGGAGUUGGAAAAGUCCGAGUUCAAAAGGGACUUGGUGGUCACACAAGAGAGCCGAGGACGGUGA